AUGAGCCAUUUGAAGUGCAUCGUGCUGUUCCUGACGGUUGUGGCCAUGGUGACUAAUGAGUCGCACGGGCGAAGUCUUGACCGAACGGUUCGAGAUGUCGUUGCCGAUGGCGUUGAAGUAGACCUGUCUGUUUCCGGCGAGGACAACCGGGCCGCGAUACCCGUGAUCAGCGAUAUCAUGCGGGUGGAGAAAAUUGCCGAUCUGCUGAUUUCCAUCGGUGAGCGCGUGCUUCCGGCGCUAUUGGACGGGCUGGCGGAACAGGUCACUACUGCAGCCGAGCGGAAGCUAAAACCGGCCGGACAGCACACCGAGAAAACAUCUCACGAGAGUAUACUGUCGUAG